AUAGAAGUCAAAAAUCAUGUGGAAAUAUCCAUCAUUUUUACAAGCACGUAUAUUUCAUUUGGUCGAAAUAUUAGCGAAGCAAUGAUGUGCAGUGACAAAAGAUUCCUAAAUUUUGAUAAAGAUUCGUGGGAAAGUGUGAGGAAAGCGUAAUUGCAAAUUCGACACCAACAAAAUGUUUCCGCUCUGAUCGAUUCAAAAAUGUCUACAAAGAAUCCUAAUUCGUCGUCUUCAAAGCUAGCUCUCCUCAGUCAUAUAAAGUAUGAGCAUCUGGUUGCUGGAAUAUCAGGCGGUGUUACAUCCACACUUAUUUUACACCCUUUGGAUUUGAUCAAAAUACGAUUUGCAGUAAAUGAUGGCAGAACUGCGACUGUUCCACGGUAUGAUGGCCUCAGUGGAGCAUUUGUCACAAUUGUAAAGAAUGAAGGUGUCAAAGGCCUGUAUAGAGGGGUAACUCCAAACAUCUGGGGCUCUGGUUCCGCCUGGGGAUUCUAUUUCUUGUUCUACAACGCAAUCAAAACAUGGAUCCAGGGAGGGAACGCUCGCACUCCCCUGGGGCCAGGUCUGCACAUGCUGGCCGCUGCCCAGGCCGGGGUGCUGUCUCUCAUGAUGACGAACCCCAUCUGGGUGGUGAAGACAAGACUCUGCCUGCAGUACAGUGAAGAACAUGUGGCAGACAACAAGAGAUACAAGGGCAUGGUCGAUGGACUCUCGAAGAUAUAUCGGACGGAAGGCUUUAGAGGUCUUUACAGGGGAUUUGUUCCCGGUAUGUUUGGUGUGUCACACGGCGCCCUGCAGUUCAUGACAUACGAGGAAAUGAAGAACCGUUACAACCAGUACAGGAACUUGCCUAUUGAUAUCAAAUUGACGUCGGUAGAGUAUUUAACAUUUGCCGCGGUGUCGAAGCUUAUCGCCGCCGGAGCCACGUACCCUUACCAAGUGGUCCGGGCUCGUCUGCAAGACCAGCAUCGAAGCUACAAUGGCGCCUGGCAUUGCAUCACAGAAACGUGGAGGUACGAAGGUUGGCGAGGCUUCUACAAGGGUUUGAAACCGAAUUUAGUUCGAGUUGUGCCCGCUACAAUGAUCACCUUCUUAAUGUAUGAGAAUGUAUCGCAUUUUAUGUUGCGCCGCGGACAGGACAUUAAACUCGCGUCAUAGGUUUUAUAAUAUUAAAAAAACAAUAUCAAAUUCUCAUCAGGUAAAAUUAACGAUAAAAAAUACUCGGAAAUACAUUGGCGUACAAUAAACAACUAGACUCACAAUCACGCUCAGAAUUCGUCUGAAGCAAAACUCUACCUACGCGUCCAUGUGGCAGAGUUUAGACCGCGCUUUGAAUACAACGCCACGCAAUGACAAAGUGUUCAGUGAAAAACUGUACAAAUAAAAAAAAACAGCAUAUCCAAACUUAAAAUGAAUGAAGUGUCGUAUUUCAGGUAAGUGCCCCUUUAGAUUAAUUAAAACUAUGUAACUUGACCUUUUUAAUCAUUUUGCUAAAUUAUUACAUUGCAAUUGCUUAAACAAAAUACAUCGCACCACUAUCAAUGAGCUUCUUAUGAGCGUAUACAAUAGACUUUGAACAUUACCACUACGAAAUAAGUUGUAUAUUUGAAUGAAUGUUUUAAUGUUAAUACGUUUACACAACGCCACUCGGACAUUUUUGACGACCUUAAUGGGCAAUCAUGAGUUUAGUUGUUUAUAGCAGAAAUAUCACAGAUCCAAUAGUCGACACGUGCAAAACUUGUUACAACUAUGAGGUCGCAGAUGCGUCAGAUCUGACAGUUGACAGAGGUCAUAGACAAAAUAGUCUUGACCGAGCUAAUGCUACUUGAUUACUGUCAAAACCAUAGACUUAGAACUAAGUUGAUUUGCCAAUGCGUGCGUUGUCUGGUUUAAUAAACAAACUGCCAAGGAGCUCUUGCCAAGUGGUACUAGGUAGUAACUAGGCAGGUACAGUUUUAGGUAAAGAAGUCAACCCUAAUGUCGUCAGAAGAGGUAAGAGGAUGUUCUGUCUCGCACGCUUUAUUUGUCUAUCCAUACGCUAAUGGCUAAUAUAUUGCUAAUGUAUGACAUGAUGCUGACAGCAUAAUAUCGUGUUAGUUUUCGCAACGUUAUUCUUGUUUUUUACUUAUGUGUUACUAGUAUCAAAAUCAGUUUUCUGUCUACGUCUUGCGGUUCCAUAUGAAUAUUACAACAUUUUACUGCGGUUAGUGUAAACGUAGGUAAAUAUAAUAUUCUACUUGCAUUUGUUAUAAAUUAAGGUCUGUAUAUGCUUGCCAAAUCAGAGAGGCUGUGGCUAUUAGACAUCACAAGAAUAAUUGAUGAUUAAUGUUUUGCAGGGAAUACAAGAUAUUCCUACAAGUAUAAUUAUUAUUUCUUCUAUCAUAUAUUGACUAGAGAUUAAAUAUUGAUUUGGUGUACUGAAAUUUGCAAUGGAAGUCAAUGCUGAGUGGUAGGAAAUUUAAAUUAAUAGAUUCCGAAAUGGCAACACAAUUGUGAUAACCGUGAACUAGGAUUAUCGUUUCAUGAAAUAAAUUGGGCGUUUUUAUUGUUAUGCGUUUACGUUCGUGUAUAAUAUUAAAAUAGUCAAGUUGUUUUUUUUUCUAAUUCGUUUUUUUACAGCAAUUAACUGUAAUUACGGUGAAUAAUAAUUCUACAUAUUUAUAUGAAAAAGUGAAUUUCCGAUUCUGAUGUCCGAACGCACUCUUGCGAUUUCGCUCUUAUUUAAGUAAGCUACGCAUAAGAUGACACGGAUUUGAUACAAUAUUAUUGGUGUCAAAAAAAAUAGUAAUAUUUUUUCGUGUACCUGUACCGUAUAUAUGUAGAUUAAAUAAAUUCACACUUGUUUGAAAAGUGUCAUUUUACUUAGUUAACUUUAUGAAUAUUGGUAAUUUUUAUUUAUUUCUUAUUUUAUUUACUUUGAUUUGAACAGUUAACACCAAUUACACUAAUUCAAAAACAGCCAAUUCAUUGUUAAUUCAGAUAUUAAUCCCGCUGACAGUCAUUCUGACAUUAUUUCCGUCCGUUCAUCCGCGAAAAAGUCACAUUCAGGAAUUGCGUUAAGAAGCGCGCGGUGAGGAUGCGGUAGGUAGGUAUCACUGAAAAACAUCGGCUGUUUUUUUAUAGAUCAGUACGUAAAUUGCGAUAAUUUUGAAAUAGGUAAACAUCGUAGCUAAUGUUGCUUUGCACUACUUUGACCAAAAAAAAGCCCAAGGCGUUAUAUUUUUGCUUUUUACAAUAUGAAAUCUACCUGAACGAAAUCGGUCUAUAACUAGCACAUCUUCGCGAUAAAAAGGCAACAAACAUAAGACGCUUUCCGGCGAUCACUACAUUAAUGAAAGUUAUUAAAAAAUUACGUGUCUUACAUUUGAUGUUAGCGACCACAACCCAAAAAAGAUCAAAUAUUUGUUCGUAGAUGGUAUGUGAACAGCCCCACACGCGUUUCGCGUUAAACUUGCGUGAACCAACGCUAGUAGGGAAGAUGUUCCACUUACUAUUGCCAAGAAUCUAUAACGCUCCAUCAUAUACAACUGUAUACAAAGUAUACAGAAGUGUCGGUUUGUGAUUGUUUAAGGAAGUUUAAAACACGGAACUUCAUUACAGAACGUAAUUAUUGUCAUGAAAGAUGUGACUAAGUGAGAAAGUAACGACGUAAUUCUUAUUUUUAAUACCAAAGUACCUACUUGUCUGCGGGUAAGACAAAAACUUUGGAUUCCAGAAGGAAUUAAGAAUCCAACUUACCACAAUAAUUUUAAGGUAUUUUUCCUAAAACAUACGAUUAAAUCUAAUAUUCUCUAUUCUACAAUAAAUGUAAGAGGUACAUUUUUUCUUUAAAUACGAAUUAUUUGUGUGAAAUUGUACCACAAUUAAUCUAAUAUUAGGCUUAUAUUUUUUUUAUUAUAGUUAGGAAAUGCCCUUACCAUUUUUUUUUCACAAUUUCUUUAAUUGACAUUGCGACUUGUGGUUGGUAAGAUUUUAUGACAGUUAAUUUUUGUUUGGGUACAUCGUUAUGGUGUACGGUAUGUAGGUAUGCAAAUGUUACUUUAAAUAAAUAAUUUUUAAUA